GACUGUUAUUUCCAUCUCGACUGAUCGAAUUUACUUGUUCCGAUUCCCUUUAAGGGUGGAACGUCUGGAACGAAGCCGGGUUCAGGCGCAGUCAUUCGAAUCGGAGAGCGCUGGAUGACCCGGAAGAGAUUCUUCCUCCCGGAAGUCCGGCGUUCCCUGUCAGCAGUGACUGAGGGGAUGGCUGCCGAGCCUCGACCAAAGCAGCUCCAGUCUUUCCGCCCGGGCCGCUGACUCAACAAAGGGACCACCGCUCGCCCACCCAGGGGAAAAGCCGCAGCCGAGUAUGGCGGAGUUAGUGGCUGGGGAGGGGCAGCCACGAGGCCGCACGCCCAGCCCGCUCCCAAUCUCGGGGCCGCCGAGCCCUCGGCCAGCUGCGGCCCCCGCCUGUCCCGCGCGGAGUCCGGAGCCUCCGCCGCCCGAGAAAGCCGCGGCGGGGAGCGGCGGCGGCGGCUCCAAGUGGGUCCGGCUCAACGUGGGCGGCACUUACUUCGUGAGCACCCGCCAGACCCUCUGCCGCGAGCCCAAGUCGUUCCUCUGCCGCCUCUGCUGCCAAGAAGGGCCCGAAUUGGGCUCGGACAAGGAUGAAACAGGGGCAUAUCUCAUUGAUAGGGAUCCCACAUAUUUUGGUCCAAUCCUGAACUACCUCCGGCAUGGAAAACUCAUAAUAAACAAGGAAUUGGCAGAAGAAGGCGUCCUGGAAGAAGCUGAAUUUUACAACAUUGCAUCUCUAGUGAGGCUGGUGAAAGAGCGAAUACGAGACAACGAAAGCAGAACUUCUCAAGGACCUGUCAAGCAUGUUUACCGAGUUCUGCAGUGCCAAGAAGAAGAACUCACCCAGAUGGUGUCUACCAUGUCUGAUGGAUGGAAAUUUGAACAGUUAAUUAGUAUUGGAUCUUCAUACAACUAUGGAAAUGAAGAUCAGGCAGAAUUUCUCUGUGUUGUAUCGAGAGAGCUCAAUAAUUCGACCAAUGGCAUUGUCAUAGAGCCUAGUGAGAAAGCAAAGAUUCUUCAGGAGCGAGGAUCACGGAUGUAAUCCAAGCAUCUAACUUUAAAACUCCCAGAUGUUAAAAGAGCAACUUAGCAGGGCAGAGCAUUUCUCCUGCAGUCCAACCUUGCUUUUGUACAGUAAUAAAACUAACACAAAGCAAAGCUGAGCCUGUCCUGCCAAUGGAGAAUUAAAUCCUGUUAAAAACCAAAGGCUCAUCCCACCCCAGUCACAGAAAGCUAAGAGAAAAGAAGAGAAUCUUCCAGCUGGAGAGCGCCUUUGCUUUUUUUUUCCUUGCUGUCUUGGCAUUGACACAUGUUUGGGGGAUAUAUAUAUAUAUAUAUAUAUACACAUUUAUAUUUAUAUCAUCACAGGCCUGGAUAAAGAGCAGACUUUUGGUUUCACACUGCUAUUUCUAAUGCUUCAGUUAGAAAAACUGUCCUAGUUAGAGUCAUUCAGGUCCAGGGAAAAUAGCUUUGAAAAUGAAUAAUUAAAUAUUUUUUCUUCCAUUUUCAUUCACCAAUUUUUUUUUUAAUAUGUUACUAGUUCAGAAAGUUGAGUGAGGGAUGUGGUUUAGCUGAAGGUUUUUCUUCUGAUAACACUACAAAUCUAACUGUAGGCAUUUCUUGCAGUACAGUUUGGUCAGCAUUCUUCAUGCUUUUAAGGUGUCCAAUUACCUGUGAUAUUUAGAUUCUGUCAUAUUGUUUCUUAUUCUCUGUGAAAGGAGAGGAAAGAAGGACGCUUAUACCCCAUUUCUCUCACCAAAGCAGAAUGUGUCCUUUGGGUUAUUUCAAACAGUUCAUUGAUCUGGAAGAUUUGUUCCUGCCAAGUUCAGCUUUGCCUUGUCUUGAAUAGCAUGAAACUAUUCCCUUGUUCUCUUGAUGUCCUGCUUUAAAGCAGGUUUUCAUUUGUACUCUGGUUAUCAACUCUUACCUAGUACAUUCUGGAAUAGAGAGUCUUUUAUUUACACAUUAUGAUUCUGUGCUUUAAAUUUCUUGUCCCUCCUUGUGUCCUCUCACCCAAAAUGACUAAAGGGCAUUGCACAGGUUGGGGAGGGUGGGUGGGGCAGGGAGGUGUAAAAUGAUGACAGUUGCCAAACUAUUGUGAUGUUUCUUGUCCAAAGUGAUUCGUGAACUUCUGUAUUUUUUUUCUGUUGGAAUGCCUUGAAUGGAAGUAACAAUGUUGUGCCUCUCUGAAUUCUAAUCUUAGACAAGUGGGACUUGCUGAUUUUGUCAAUUAAUUUGUGCCAUCCCUAAUCAGUGAAAUGCCCCUUCUAGUUGUGGGUAAAUGGAAUUCCUGGCUUUGUUUCUUGUUAGUCAACUUUGGCUUCUUGGCCUUUGAAUUAAGCCCUGAGCAUAAUGAGCCAAAGUAUCAAAGAAACUGCAGUACUUUGGUUUUCCCUAGGCAAUAAUUGAAGCUCCCAUGUUAGUCAGUAAUCGGAGUAGGAUCCUUUAUAUUCCGAUUGGUUUGCUUGGAAUUGCUCAGCAAAGAGUUGCACUCAGUGUCUUUUUCAUGUUUUAUGGUGUGUGGUAAUGAGGCUUCCCCUUUUAUUUCUUUCCAGCAACAAAAGGAAUGGUAACAAAGAGGAUAGGGAAUGGUUACCAAAAGCAUGGAAGAUAUAAUGCAGAUGAAGCAAAAAUAUUUUAAAAUGACAUUUAACAGGGUAUCAAAUUAUCCUGCUCCACAUUCUCCAUUAAUCUUCAGUACUUGUGUACAUAUAUCACUGAGCUUCCCCACCAUUUUGCCAACAUACCUCCAGUGAUGUUUUGAUGGGUUAGAGCUUGAAUAAUGUGCUUUAUUCAGUCCCUGUAGCAACAGACUGUACCAAAGGUCUUGAGGUCAGCUUCUGGCUGCUAAACUCAACCAGUUUCAUACUCUGUGGAACUCAAACAACUUUCUUGUCCUUCUUCAUCCUUCCUGUUUGUAACGUAUUGGUAUCGGCAUGGUCAGACAGUGUAUGUCAUGGCUGGAUUUAACUAACACUGUGAUGUGUACAUAAAUCUAUGAGUAUCUUGUUCUUUCAGCCGUUAUCAGUGUAUGUCCACAGCUGAGAAAUAACCAGGUGUGUUUGUGUGUGUGUUGUGAGGAAGUAUAAGAACCACAGGUGUAUUCUCAUAAUCUCUUCUUCCAAGGAAGGGAGAUUGUGGUGACAUGAACUAGUUGAAAGAAAAAAAAUCAGAGAAUGCUGCCAAGAAUAGCUGCCAUUUCCAACUUGGCCUAACCCAACUCAUUCCCCACCUUGCUGGGCACGUAGCAGUGUUAGGUUUGCUUGGAAGCAGAUCUUAACUGUGUAGCUUUAGUAAACUAAAACAAAUACCUCAUUGAUUUAUGUUAUGAUCACCAGAAACACCAUGCAUGGGGAAGCCACAUUAGAAGAGUGCCUGAUGUCAAAUUAAUGAACUGGUAAAAGUAAUUUUAUUUCGUUGUACGUAUAGGUGCCAUUAAAAACAGCUCCAUUUAAAUCUGGAAUAAAAUCAGAUUUGAGAUGAGGCUGCUCUGUUACAGCAAGAUUUGAGCUAAAUGUAGAAAAAACAGUGUUUCUGCUGAAUAAAUAGGGCCACCCUCUUGUUCACUUGCUGCUGACAAGUUGUGAGAGGUUUCCAGCAAAUUUAGUUUUUUUGUUGGAACAUGAGUACCUUCUCUUUUCCUUCCCUUGUUAAAUAUUUCUGGUUAUGGUUUGUGGGACCCACCCUGAAAUGAUGAGCAGUUUAGUUGGAGA